UCGGCACCAAGCUUCUUUUUAGCUAUUCAUCCGAUCCCACUAGAAACAGGCGCCUGUCGUAAAUGUAAAGUAAUCAGAAAAUGCACAACUGGGAUGACUAGAAGCAUCCGUCGCCAUCAGGCACGACCGUUGCUGUUCUUUUGCCACACUACUGAUCUCCUACUGCAGACCUCGGUCCACCAACCUGCCCUUCCCCAUCUUGCCUCACUUCAUCCGUCUGUGCUCAUUAGCAGUUCCGCCGAACAAGUCCCUUUUUCGCCGAUUCUUCUGACUAUGAUGCAAUUAAUCUGUGUCAUUGCUGUAUCCCGGCUCCUCCGCCUGUCUCGUAUAUAAACGCCUCAAACACCUCUUCUCGCCCAGAAUAUCCAGUUUACUACAUACCGUUCCAUUUUUCCAUUGCUAUCCAUUCUAUCAUUCUCAGAUACCCCUAGAUUAUCUUUCUCUUUUCCAACACUCUUAACAUCCAGUAAUAGCCCGAAUAACCUGCAUCAUGGUUCAGAACAAGGGCAUCAUCUUCAAGAAUGUCCCCGAGGGCAUGCCCGUCGCAGGCAAAGACUUGGUCGUGGAAGACCGACCAUUCGACCUGGACCAGAGCAUUCCCGAGGGCGGCAUAAUAGUCAAGAACUUGUAUGCGUCUUUUGAUCCCUACCAGCGUGGUCGCAUGAGGGCCGCAAACGUCAAAUCCUACUCUGCUCCCUUUGAGCUAGGAAAGCCCAUCACCAACUCGGCCUUGAUGAAGGUGCUCAAGAGCAACUCUUCCAAGUUUUCUCCUGGUGACCUCAUCACCACCAUGGGUCUCUCCCCAACUGAGGAAUACACUCUAUACGAGAAGAAAUACGUCGAUAGCUUCAACAAACUCUCAAACCCCUACAACCUCGACCUCAAGCACUUCGUCGGCGCGUUGUCUAUGCCAGGUUUAACCGCAUGGUCAUCUUUCUUCGAAAUCGGUCAACCCAAAAAGGGUGAGACCAUCUUCAUUUCGGCUGCCUCGGGAGCUGUCGGUCAGCUGGUAGGUCAGUUGGCCAAGCAUGAGGGUCUGACCGUCAUCGGAAGUGUUGGAGACGACUCAAAACUCGACUACAUCCUCAAGGAGCUCAAGUUCGAUGCUGGCUUCAACUACAAGAAGGAAAAGCCUGCGGACGCCCUAGCUCGUCUUGCACCCAACGGUAUCGAUAUCUACUACGAGAACGUUGGUGGAGAGCACCUCGAAGCAGCCAUCAAUGCCAUGAACAACUUUGGUCGCAUUGUUGCAUGCGGUAUGAUCUCUCAGUACAACUCGAAGCCUGAAGACGUAUACCCUAUCAGGAACCUUAUGCAAGUUGUGGCGAAACGACUCACCAUGCGAGGCUUCAUUGUCGGUGACCCCAACUUUGGGCCAAAGUAUGGGAAAGACCACCAGGAGAAGCUGCAGAAGUGGCUGUCCGAAGGCACGUUCUUCGCCAGAUACAGUGUGACGGAGGGAAUUGACAACGGUGUCGACGGUCUUUUGGGAUUGUUUACCGGAAAGAACUUUGGCAAGGCCAUCUUGCAGAUCGCCGAUCCGAACAAGGAAUAA